AUGUUCCUCCGACCAGUCGCCAACAACAUCGACUAUCCCCGGGUCAGCCUCGACUAUUCCUCGGGAAGAACGCGGUCGCCCUACAACGAGUCCAAGGUCGCUCUCCUCAUCGAGAACCGGCCGAAUCCGAUCCUGGCACCUCUGAUGCUGCACUUCAUGUCUGUCGUGCCCCCAGACUGGCGUUUCCAGUUCAUGGGAUCGGUCGAGUCGGUUGAACAUAUCAACAAGUCUGUGGCCAUCCGCGAGCACGUCGCCGCGGGCAAGCUGGAUCUGACCUACAUCCCUGCCAAUAUGAGCACCGGCAGCCAGGAGGAGAUCAGCCGCUUCCUGACCACCCUUUGGCUCUACGAGUACGUCCUGCAGCCUGCCGAAUGGCUCCUUAUCUUCCAGACGGACAGUAUUCUCUGUGCCAACUCGGUACACAACCUCAACGAUUAUCUCGAGUACGACUGGAUCGGAGCCCCCUGGGACCCCAACGGCCGGUGGGGUGGCAAUGGCGGUCUGUCCCUCCGCCGUGUCAGUGCUAUGAUCGAUAUCCUCAGGUAUCAGGACCGCAAGGAUGGCUCCGAGCCCGAGGACGUCUGGCUAGCCUUGCGCCUGGCCCACCAUCCCGGCAGCAAGGUCGCCAACGGCACCGUCUCGCUGACAUUCUCGGGCGAGUCCCACAGCGGGCAACCCGUGCGGCUCAAGGACCCCGGCAACCCCAACCGGACCCUCGAGGCGGCUGCCGAGGGCGAGCUGGUCAAGGGCAUCGACGACUGGCGCGAGGGCUUCUAUGAGCCCAUGGGCUACCACACGGGUGGUUCCGGGAGCUUCCUGCACGCCGGCAUCUGGGGCACGCCCGAGAAGCGCAAGCACAUCUGGAACUACUGCCCCGAGGUCAAGAUGACGCUCAUGAUGGACGUGGCCAAGUACGUCCCGGGAAGCUGUGGCACGAACUGGAAGCGCGACCUCGGCGGCGUCGAGGCAGCAGACGACUGGCAGUCCACCGUCGAUGUCGGCUAUGGCACUGAGAUCAUCGACGGCCAAGAGUACCCCAUGCUGCCUCCCAACCUCGUGCCCUGGUGA